AGGUUAUUCAAAAUAUGAUCAAAUCUAUUUUCCAAUAAGUAAUGACUUAUUAUGAAUUAUUUUCGUCUUUAAGACUUAUUCUAUCUACUUUCGUUUUUAAUGUGAUGUAGUGGGUCAAACUCCUACAAACAGUGUAACGGUUUUAUUUGUUUAAAGCCUGGCGCAUUAAUACAGACUUCGGCGCGUAUUGAUGAGGUCACAGCUGCGCGUGAGGUUUUUUUUUUUUUUAACAACGGUUUCGGAGCGCAGCCAAUCAGAUUUCUGAACAGAAAUGAUCCGUUUUAUACAAACAAACGUCUUUAAUGUUUUACUUUACAGAAAUGUUAUUAAAAGAAAUAUCACUGGGUCACAAUUAUUAUUAUUAUUAUUUAUUUAUUUAUUUUUUUUUACCGAAAUUCGACCGUAAACCAUAAAUCACCCCGUUUACAAAUUGUAAAUGACCGGAAGGACGCUGCUGGUCACCAUGGCAACGAGGACGCCCUCGCGCACCUGCUGCACUGCGGCACCGGAAGCGCGCGCAGACAGGAACAGGAGCGGCUGACCGGCUCAGAGAGGAGAGCUGCGUUUAGCAUCAGCCCGCUAAAACGUUAACCUAUUUACAUCUGCAAAUAUUUGUGUUUAUUUUUCUGCGGCUGCGCAUCAAAUCCACUGAUGAGAGACGCCAUUAAUCCCGUUUUAACACCGCGAGCGCAUUAAUGCUGCAACCGGUCAUCAUGAGCUAAGCCUUUUUAUAUAAACAUAUAAACAUACAUCUAUACAUGUAUAACAACAUGCAGCUGUUUGUAUUCUAUAAACCAUAUAUCCGGUGUGAUUCCUCAUUGAGAUGGACAUGUGCUCAAGGCGCUCAGGAACGGCUGUAAAAGGACAAUAGCAUCACUGUGGGGAGAAGAAACACAAAAUAAAACAUCAUGAAUCGUCUUUGUAACGUGAACAAUAAUUUCCCGUACGAUAACAGUCUCCUGGUGUUGGACAUGGUUCUGCGGUCGCUAUGGGGAACCACACAGCCAAUCAACUGGGAGAACGUAGCCCGCCUAGUUCCUGGUUUCACUCCCAAAGAGUGUGCACGCAGGUUUGAUGAGCUGAAGAGCACAGGGAGUUUCCCCCUGGUAGACGAGCAGUGUAACGCGCUGACUGGGGCCAGUGGCUCUCCAUCUGAACCGCUCUCCACUUACAUCCGAUCCACUUUAUUGGACCUUACCAGGGAGACAGGGGAGCCACCGACCAAUCAGAGCGCACUCUCAGUGUCGGGACUGAGCGUGACCCCUGUUGUUCGAGGAGCCAGUGCUGAGACUGAGAACACUGCGAGUACAGAGGAUGAAGAGAAGGAAGACCGGGGAAAGAGCCCCAUCAUGGUGAUCCACGUGUGUGACGAAGCGAAGAACCUGAAGCAGGAUUUUGAGUGUCCACGAGACCUGUUGGUCAGAGAAAUGCGCUACUUCGCCGAGUACCUCUCCAUGGACGCCCAGCGCUGGGAGGAAGUGGACAUCUCGGUGCACUGCGACGUCCAGAUCUUCGACUGGCUCAUGAACUACGUCAAGAGAAGCUCUGCGGCGGAAGAUGAACCCGAGAAACAUGUCGAAAAGCCAACUCUGGAGCCCAGCAAUGUCAUCUCUAUCCUGAUCUCAUCCGAGUUCUUGAAGAUGGAUGCUUUAGUGGAGGAGUGUAUUCAGUACUGUCACGAACACAUGAGCGCCAUCGUCGCCACUCCGUGCAACAUGAGCUGCAUCAACAGCAACCUGGCGUCACGCAUCGCCCUGCUGUUCACACACAACCAAGCAGACGACAUCAAGGACAAAAAGGACAAGUUUAAAAGUAAAGUGUUCCAGAAAAAGAUCGAAAAGCUGUUUGAUCCAGGUUUUGAGAAUCACGACUCUCCAGGAAACGCUGCUACGCUGUACAGGUGUGGUCUUUGCCUUAAGCUUCUCACCAAAGACACAGAAAGGAAGAUCUCGUGCGUUCCGGGCAAAAUCAACAUCGACUAUCACGGGGACAUCGUCUACACACACAGCAGGCAAAAGGGAUGGGACGUCCAUGAGUAUCUCAACAGCUUAUAUGAAGAGCUGAAAUCAUGGGUUCUGGUUUACUGGAGGAUCUGGGGCGCCAUUAAUUAUCUCACCUGCUCGUACUGUAAACAGGUUUUCCUCUGCUGUGAGCUGGCUCAGUGCAGGUAUCACCCCGAGGCUGUGGUGUACCCAGGCCUGGGCGCCGAUCACAGUGAGCAUGGUGCCGGGAUCUACCCCUGCUGCAAGCAGAGAGCUCUUCGCUUUGACCCAGCUGCCAUGCCCACGGGUUGUAAGUUGAGGGACCAUGUGGUAAUUGCUGCAGAACCUGGGGACUGUGAAGGCAACAUGAACUCUGUCCAGACUCGAAUACUGAAUGACCUGCUGCUUCACAGAGACACUGUGUGUGUGAGCUCCCCAACAGCUACGGACAGUUCUGCGGAGUCACCUAAACAGGGUGAGCAAGUGCACGACUGCGACAUCACACUGGACCAUGCAGCCCUAAAUGUUCAUCAAGCUAGAGAAAUCACUGCUUUUUCCCUUUUGAAGAACUGGAGUCUGCAGCUGCGGCAGCAGUCUUUGUUGUCUGAGGAUGAGGACUACACUACGGGGUCAGAGGUCACAGAGGACGAAGUCGGGGAUGAAGAUGACACAUCAAAGAAACAAGCUGUAAAAAAGCCUAGAAAACCAGGCAAGCUUUUGAAAAGACAAGUGUCCUCGCCCAUACUGCACAAAGAGCGAGCUGGAGGAGAUAAGGGCGCUUCAAAGGACUCCACCCCAUUCACAGUGAGCAUGCAGAAGAGUAAAUGGGACAGCACUCGCUCCUUGAGGUUUAACCAGGAUGCCCAGAGGGAGGAAGACCAAAGGAGAAUGAUGGAAAUUACUGAGCAUCUCACGAAGAUGCGCUUUGGUGAUUUGGAACAGAGCAAGUUAAAGGACACUAAGGAGCUUGCAGGAGGUAUCUACUCCAAGUUGGAGGCGCAGUUUAAGAGCUCCACUCAGCUGAGUAACAGACAGAGCACCUCAGACAAAACACUCCGGGCGAAGACGCGCUCUGGACAGUCUAGACCAACGUGAAAGAAAUAACAGGAGAGAUGGAUGUGCUGACACGCAUGUGAAUGAAACAAGAGACUUGUGUAAGAGGUGUAAAAAAAAAAAAAACACGUCCUUUUAAUCAUCCUUCUUAUCCAGCGUCCUUCUAUCCAGCCCUUUUCAGACCGUCGAAAGGCCUGCAAUAUCGUACCGGAAAAUCAUUCACGCAGCAGAAAUGGAUUAAAAUACACUGGAAAAGAACAGCAUCGCAAAAGCUUUCGGAAACUUUGCCUUCUCCUUUAUAUAUUGUGCUGCUAGCUUCAUAAGAGUACCUUGUCCUUCUUUUCCUUUAUCUUUCAUUUGGGCACUCGUAAUUCCUGUCAAUAUCAUUCUGUAACCCGUUAUAUACAUUGUGCUAUAUACAUUCAUGGUCCUCAUGUUCUGAUCUCAGGUGAACAAACCGCUCCAACCCUGCUGUAGUAAUCUGCACUUUAAUCCAUCAUAAACAAACACAACAAAACAAUCUAGAUCCAGAUUCUCUACAAUAAACAAAUGGAAGCUGAACUCUAAUGCGACUGGGAUUUAAUUUCCUUAAACCUUCAUGAAAAGCUGAAAUGUGGGUGUGGGUGAGUUGUGAGAGGAAGCAAAAUUGCUGUUGAUGGGGAUGGAUAUGGAUUGGGUUGGUUCUUGUUGAGUUAAUUGGAGUUCAUUGUUGCUAAUUAUAGCUGAUUGAAGAUUAUUUAUUGGAGGAAAGGGCACUUCUGUGGGUGACGGUAAUCAGCUGUUAUGGGGUUAUGUCUGGCGUGAUAAAGCAGCAGCAGUUUUCAAAGCCAAGUGCUUCCUUCAGUCGCUUUCCACUGAUUGCAUGAGCUUAGAGUAAUGACAAUAGAGCUUAGUCAUGAUUGGCAGGACGCUCCACCAGCAUCCAACCAGUGCUGAUUCUUUUUUUAUAUUAAGACCUUCUGUUAUCACUAAUGCAUGCCUAGACUAUAGAUUUUAUUGAGAUUUUAAACUGACAGGACAUGCUGUUAUAGGAAAAUAAUCCACUAUGGGUCGUUGUGUUGCAGCAUGUCCCGAAGUGUUGAA